UUAUCUGUAGAUGUUUGUCAUUUACUAACAUGGUGCAAUUUCAUCAGUUUAGAAUGACUAAUAAUAUCUGUAGAUUUCUUUCUAUGAUAGAGUGAUUUGUCUCUUUGAGUAGAUUAUUAGCUAUUCUCUUUUCCACAUGUUCUAUCUUGCAUGUCAGACCAUUUGGCAACCUCAAGUGGUGGUGAAGUCCAAAAGACCUGCAGAAACAAAUUCUACGGAUAAUGUUUUCCGGAAGGGCUGCGAGAGAGAAGUUGCAGAUGCUAACAAAGGUGCCUCAGAUGAAGGAAAGAAUGAGAGUAUUAUGAGAUUGUCAUGGGCACUUGUUCAUUCUAAACAACCUGAAGAUGUGCAACGAGGGAUCGCUAUGCUUGAGGCUUCACUUGCCAACGCAAGUAGUCCACUACAGCAGCGAGAAAAGCUUUAUCUUUUAGCUGUUGGAUAUUACAGAAGUGGGGAAUAUUCAAGGAGCAGAGAGCUUACAGUUCAAUGUCUAGAGAUUGCACCUGAUUGGAGACAAGCUUUAUCGCUUAAGAAGGCUAUCGAAGAUAGAAUAACUAAAGAUGGUGUCAUUGGUAUAGGAAUUACUGUGACCACUAUAGGACUCAUUGCUGGUGGGAUUAUUGCAUCGUUGGUCCGAAGAAAAUGAUCUUCACCAAAACAACUCUCUUGAGGUUAUUGACACAAAAACCUGAGUUUCUAUUGACAAAAAGAAGAUGAACGAACCAUACUAGUUCGUUUCUUUUCCAUUUCCUUGCCUUCUUCUUCUGUUCAACUCGUUUAAAGGGAGUCAGUAAAUGUUCUAUAGAAUAAUGCCAGGCCAUAUGGCUGAAAUUCUUGUGAUUUACUGUUUGUUUGGUUAAAGACUCACUUUGGAAUUACUAGUUAUAUGAAAUGUCAUGUAAAUUUGGCUUCGAUAU